GUUGUAAUGAACAAGGAAAGUCAAGCAGGAUGUAUUUGUGUUUACUCUUUUGUGUAAGCACGGGAACGCUGUUUGGAUUUGAAACUUGUUUUUGUAUUUAAAAACGUCAAGUGUAAUACAAAAUAUUACAAUCUUAAAUUCAUAUAUAUCGAUAUUACUCUAGGCAGCUGAGCGAUAUCGUAGCCUUUUUGUAUUUCCAUUACACAAAUAAUGCAUAGUAUGUAGUAGUUUACAUACAUCCAUUUUGUUUGAACCUGGAAUACAUAUAUAUUUAGUAAUAACUGUUUACUUGUUUUAUUAACAGUAUGAGUGAAGAAGGUAAUACUAAAAACAUGAACACUGAAACAAACAUUUCGGUCGUAGUCACACAAGAUGUGAAUACGUAUUACGCUGGUAAUAGUACACCUAUUGAAACCAGGGCGAAUAUCACCACCCCUCAAGAACCUGAAAAUAUGGUGCUCUAUGAAAUUGGGGACGACCCCGGCGAAGAGAGCGAUGUUCUAGACACUUCCGACCCCAGAGACAGCACCGCAAGCCCCGAGGAGUUGAAUGACGACGAGGCUUUUGGUGACGAGACAGUGACCAAGCCUUGCACUUACGAGGGCUGCACAGAGACCACUACUCAAGUGGCCAAACAGAGAAAACCUUGGAUGUGCAAGAAACACAGAAAUAAAAUGUACAAGGACAAGUACAAGAAAAAGAAGAACGACCAGGCUAUAACCAGUACAGGCAAACUAGAUUGUGAAAGCCACAGUGAAGGAGUUGUCUUCUCCUUUGAACAGGAUAGUGCAGAUGAGAGGCCUGUUUCAGUUACUAAGCAACACCUUGGCACUAUAGGAGACCGCCCAGCAAGGCCGUCGCUAUUGGAGCAAGUAUUAAACCAAAAAAGGCUGAUUCACAGCCUGACCAAUGAUCCUUCAACAGUGGGGUUUUUAUCCAGAAAAUGUGACAGCAACUUUAAUGGUUCACAGGUGGAGGCCAAUGGUAAGUCAUUACUACGAAGUCCAGAGGUUAUGAGUUUCUUGCAGCAGCAACAGCGGUUACUAACUAACCAGGCACAAGGCCAGAGACAACAAGAGUUUUAAGAACGGCAGCUGUGACUGACAAGAGCUGUUAUACAUGACCGAGAACCACGUCUGAAACAUCUAUUUAUGCUGUUCUUGGCAGACAAUUUCCUGGAAAAUUAUGUGAAAAAGAUUGGACUUCUAUCACAGUUCUUCCAUCGAUGAACUGCAGUCUGAAUGCUGAUAUUGCUUAGAAUUUUGCAUCAUUUAAGAAGUGAAGCUUGAGACACUUAAGCAAUUCAUAUCGGUGCAACAGAGAAUACUACAUUUUCAUUUUCUAACCUAGUACUGUCUAGAUGUUUUAUGCAUGGUACUGUUUAUUCAUGUGAUGCCUUUUUUUGCAUAAAAUGUUUUAUUGUCCCCAAAAAAGUAAUGUGCAUACACCAUCCCCAUUCAAAACCACUUUAUAGCAUUUGUUCAGUCAGAACUGCUUGCUUAAAGAAGUAGAAAAUUGGAAUAAAUACAAAUAUGCUGGACCACACUGUGUUUGUGUUUUAAAAAUUGCUCAAUUAUAAGUGUCCAUUUUUAAACUAACUGUGCAGUACCACAGAGGGCACCAAUUCUGUAAAGAUAAAGAACUGAUAUAUAUAUUUAUAUUUUCAAAUCUCAAUUUUAGGGACAUCCCGCUGACAGCAGAGUUGCAACAUUAGUGGACAAACUUGUCUCAUUCAAGCAUGUCACUACCAGGGCCCUAUUCAAAUCUGUCCCAGAAGGAUAGAGCAUUUGUCAAUAUCGGUAUAAUCAACCUGGCCACAAUGUCUCAUUAGCAUAGCCACAAAAAAUAAAACAACAGGUUCUUUUGUAUGACAAUAAUUAUUUAAAUGUUAUAAUAUGCUGAAAACCUUUUAUCUAUUUCUAUCUAUUGUUUACAGUAUAAUUACAGUAUGGAUUCUAAAGAACACGUAAAAGGUUAUUGCCAGCAUGUUGUGAGAGAAGGCAUCACCAGGUAGACACAGAAGUUCAAACUAAUCAUAUGCAGUGUUCCUGACUAAUACUACAGAAAUGAACAGGUUCUGAUUAUAGACCAUACAUACUGCUCUGAGGGGUUUAAUACUUUGACUCAUGAAACCACCUAUAUGGCUACUGGUUGAGUUACUACUUGAAAUAACAUGUACUUGAUGGCAAAA